AUGCUCGGGAGCACACUUUGUCCCGCCAUCGUCCGCGGUAACCUGCAGACCCGUCGGGUAGAUCCCACGAUAGGCCUGGGCCUGGAGAGGCGCCAGCCAGUGCAGCGGUACCGGGCGCCGGGACUUUGUCCAAGUCUGUGCCUCCUGCUCAGCCAUGGCACGGUGACGGCCACCGCCGCCGGCUCGUCAUCGGCCACAACCAUCGUGGACGGUUAG